AUGUCGUCUGCACAUAUAUCCUCUACGCCAAUCGCGUCUCCAUCGCAUGCCCCAAAAAUAAGGACAGGUGCAGCGGCAGGAGAAGUAGUAGAGAGUGGACGAGUCGAGUCGAGCCCCAGGGCUGAGACAACGCCGCGAGCAAGAUCUCCUUCACGAGGAGGUCUCCUGCCACCGUUCGGAGUGCGCGACCCGGCCCAUCUUCCGACCCCUCAAAGCCCUGGAAGCCGUGGUGCAUAUUCCACUGCAAAGGGUCAUCCACCAGAAUCGCCACUGUCGUAUGGGCUGCGUACCGCGGUGCCAUCCAUGACUCGGAUGGCGUCCAGGGACAAACGGCCUGUUGCCGCGGCAGCCUCGUUUAUUACUCCUGAGCCGAGUCCUGAGGCACGACGGAGGUUACCUCUGGGACAUCAGGAUCUGGCUUCUGUGUUCGCAAAUGUUUCCGUCAUUCCUACCCCACACACGCCGCCCCUUCGUAGCCAGAAUGAGCCUAAAUCUGGCGCGGGCACUAUAUUACUCACUCAAUCACCCACACUUUCCCCCUUCCCGUCAUCUCGCGAUAUCACCCCCUCUUCAGGUCUCUCCUCUCCGUUCAUGGAGCGCCUUUCACUGGCAGACCGCGCUGACACAAGGAGCAGGACUCCCCACGACGUAUCUGUGGGCCCUGCUAUUAAGAGAACAUCCUCGGUACCCAUGCAUGUAGACGACAUGUUCCCCCAUGAGGGAGGAAUAUCUAGUACUCCCCCACCUCUGUCGGCUCCCGUGCCCAAACGUCCAGCUGGCGGGGAGAUUCAUCGCAUCCGCUUGCAAAUGGUUGCAGAACAGGCCGCUCGCCAAUCCGAAUCAGAAGCGAGGCGCCCUAACUAUCUCGUGCGCGAGAGGCGCAUCAGUUCUAACGAUGCCUCAGCGGACCACGACGUGACCGAGGUGGAACAAGAAGGUCUACCGUCCGGUCUGGGAGUGACCGAGAGUCCUGUCAAAGGCCGAAGACUCAAGUUGUUCCAGGAAACGUCGGAAGAGAGCUUUGAGCAGAGUCUGCUCGCAGGAGGAUACCCUGGUUAUGGAUACACUCCUGCGUACGGCGAGCCUCAGACGCCCGAUAAGAAAGGCAAAAAUCCCCUGUCUCAACGUGCGGUGCAGUGGCUCCAACAAGCGACUCCUGGCCAGCCCGGCCCUUCCAACGUGCCUUCAGACCCUGAAAGCGAUUGGGUGCCAAGCGAGAAGGAGAUCCUGAAGCGGAAGCGGUUGGCUGCCUUCCAAGAUCACCCUGAGAUUUCCGAACCGCCAAAAAAGCUGCACCCAGUUGAAAUAGAGGGUAAAGGAAGACUUUUGCUGAACGUCCUACCCGAAGACAUGCCUUCGCAGUAUGAAACUCCGGCGAAGAAGCGUGGCAGUCGACGCAGGAGAAGGGGUGGCGUUGCGAGCGCGAAGAAGCGUGGGCACGUCACUGAGUCGGUGCCAGACCAGGGCGAAGUUUUGAAGCCUGACUGGCCUGAUUCAUCUUUCCCAUGGUGCAUGCGCGUACAAGAAAGGGCUGAAACGGCGCGGUUGGAACAAGAGGAACGCUUCAAAUGGAUUGACCGCUACUUGGACAGUGAUCAAGACUCCGGCGACGAAGACCUUAAUUCAGAACCGGACAAGGAGGCGCCGCCCAUGCGUACGGUGUGGGGCAAGAUGGUCCGUCCCAGUUUCAUUCCGAGGGGAAGACCCGAUGUCAACGAUGACUGGGAGGGGAACUUCGAUCCUGCUGAUGCCAGAGUAGCCCUUAAGUCUCGGCGAUCUGCGCGAGAGUUUGCAAUGCAUCUCAGACAACGAGCUAGCCAAAACUGUUGUAUAUGUGAGGGCCGACGCGAUGGGGGUCCAGCGGUCCAAUGUGAUGACUGCGACCGGUGGUUCCAUCUCGAGUGCGUCGACAUCCGUGAUCCUGCAGAACUAGAAGACACCUGGUACUGUGCCGAUUGCCUUGGACUUGGCCAACUGGCAUCCGAUCCUGCAUCGGAGCCUACGUUCGUGCCUACAGACGAGGGAUUGUCAACAGUGAGGGGAUACGAUCCGCUCUUCUACCAGGGAUCACUGCAAGAAUCGCCAUCGACCCCUUGGACUAUGUCGAGAGCCCCCAGAACACCCAUACGUGGUCGUGACUUGACAUUGUUUUCAUCUCGUUCGACCUGGGGGGACUCAAGCAGAGUUAGCCCUUCCACACCCCUCUCCUCUAGCCAAAGCGUGAGAGUAUAUUCGAGUCCUGGUCCUUUCGAUCAACUACAUCCACGCGAAUCGCCUUUCGAUCCGUUCACUACACCAUCGCGCGGCAUCAAGUUUGGAGCGCCGGUGACCACCCCAAGGAACCUCCUUUGGCCAAGUCGCUCCGGUGGGCAGAUCCGGACACCUAUACGUGCUGGACGGCCAAGCGGCAGUGGGCUGCAGUUCGGUGCCUUUGAUGACAGCGGUGGCCCAGCGAUCAGUCCGUACCGCAAUAUUUAUUCAUACGACGACACACCCGUUCGCCGCUCGAAGCCCCGGGAGGACACAAAAGGGCUGGUGAGCAGGCGAUUGUGGGAUUCAUCUUCGCCCGCACAAUUCGGGGCCGCCUUACCACAGGAAUCCCUUGCGAGAAUGAAUGAGGACAGACUGCUCCCCCGAUCCCUUGAGCAGCUUGGCAACAGGACAGUGCCACAGUCUGUGGGCAGCGACGAUGUUUUAUGA